UCGAGAGUUGAUCGUAGCUGACGCACCUGCGCGCGGAUCGUGCACCCAUCUGGAAUUUUACAAACAAAUCUCUAUAAAAGUAACUCGACAAAAGUGCCUCUAAAACAAAAGCAAGAAGAAGAAAACAAAAUAAACUAAAAAAAAAAACAAAAAACUUGUUCAAAAUACUUGGAACACUGGCCAAGCAAAGUUUGAAAGAGCCUCAUGCGCUCUUCUCCACAGCCAUCAAAAUUGUUUACAGCUGAAGGUCUGACGGCAUGUGAGUAGCUGAAUACAGCUCAAUAUGCCCACGGAUAGCACAGCCAGCGAUGGCGGAGGCGCCAUCCCAAUGUUGCGCGCCUCACGAAUGGAUCAGUUUAUGUCGACGGUGGCCGCUGUGGCAGCUGCGGCAAGUGGUGCUGGCUCCGGAAAUGGAGGCGGUGCCACAAAUGCGGAUGGUUCGGCCAGUGGCGGCGAUUCAAGGAAUUCAUCAGCUAGCAGGAUCUCGGCAGCAGCCGCUGCCUACGAAACCCAAUUGGCCUACCAACAGCAUCUGGCCGCGUCGGGUCUGCACGGCGGUCCGCCCCAUCAUCGGGAGAUUUCCGCCUUUGUGCCGGUGCUGCCGACACGGCAGGCGCUCGAGGCAAAGGCUCGCGCUGGCAGCAACUCCAACUACGAGAUCAUCGCCAUGAUGGCGGACAAGCGCAAGGAGCUGGCGCUGCGGGAGGCAGCCGCCGCGGCUGCGAUGCUGGGACGUGGCGGUCCACCGGGUGGACCGCCGGGUGUGCCGCCGCCAGGUGUAUUGUACGGCCCGCCACCACCACCGCCAUAUCUAACUGGACCGGGACCGUCGCCAACGGCCGCCGGUAGUUUUCCAUUUCCCCCCGGCGCCGCAGCGGCCGCUGCACUGUUUCCGCCCGGUCUGGCGCCGGGCAUGCACGCUGGCCUGGACCGGCGCCUGCUGCGCGCUCCCGGACGCGCCUCCCGGCCCAAGAAGCAAUUCAUCUGCAAGUUCUGCAAUCGCCAAUUCACCAAGUCCUACAAUCUGCUGAUACACGAGCGCACGCACACGGACGAGCGGCCCUAUUCCUGUGAUAUUUGCGGCAAGGCAUUCAGGCGACAGGACCACUUGAGGGACCACAGGUACAUCCACUCCAAGGAGAAACCGUUCAAGUGCACGGAAUGUGGCAAGGGCUUCUGCCAGUCACGGACUCUGGCCGUGCACAAAAUCCUGCAUAUGGAGGAGUCGCCGCACAAGUGUCCCGUUUGCAGUCGCAGCUUUAAUCAGCGCUCGAAUCUGAAGACCCAUCUGCUCACUCACACCGAUCACAAGCCCUACGAGUGCUCCUCCUGCGGCAAGGUUUUUCGACGCAACUGCGAUCUGCGGCGUCAUGCGUUGACACAUGCCGUGGGUGAGGUCAACAGUGCCGACUAUGUCGACGUCGGCGAGGAGGAUGAGGCACGUCAGCUGAGUGGCGAUGAGGAAGAUUCGCUGUUAGAAGUGGACUCGCCACGGCAGUCGCCGGUGCACAAUCUGAACGAGAGCACCGAGAAGGAUGAGGCGGAUCGUAUGCGUCUAAAGAGAAAGGCCACCAAUAGCAGCAACAACAACAACAACAGCAGUACAAGCUAUGAGCAUGAGGACAGCGAGGAGGAGUUCGAUGACUACGACGAGGAGGAGGAGCUGCACGAAGCGGGCGCUUUAGAUCUCGCCGAGGAUGAGGAACUGGAAGCGGAGACCGAGGAGGAGAAGGCCGAAGUGGCGCUGGUAGCGGCACGCUUCAAGACGGGUCAAGUGGGUCACCCAACCCCAUCCGCUGUGCCUGCUGUGUCCAAGCCGGAACGUCAGGGCGUCACCCAUUGCCAUCACGAGGGUGGCGAGACUUACACGAUGCGGCCACAUGGUGAGCGACCGCUCGAGGAACUGCCACAGCCAGGGACAGGCUUAAUUGGUGCCAGUUUCAUGCCUAGUUUGCGUUAUGCACCACCGGGUGGGGCGCCACAUCAUCACUUGCUGCCGCCGGCUAAUAACGAUCCCUAUUUGCCCAUGUUGCAUGUGCGUCGCGAUCUGCACCAUAAGACGCUGAACCUGAGCAAGACGUCGGCAACGGCAACGGCAACACCACCCAGCAUUGUGGCCAGCAACAGCAGCAGCAGCACCACACCCACUGAGCCAUCGCGACCACCAUCGCAGCCGUUGCACUCACCGCACGAGGCAAUGCCCAGUUUCCUGGGAUCGAUACCGGUGCGUAAGCGGAUAUUGCCGCCACCGCCGCCGCUGGUGGAGCUGGUGGAUCAUCAUCAUCAUCAUCAUCAUCAGCGUUCGUAUCUGGAGAAUCCGAGCAUUUAUGCAUUGAAUAUGUCACGACAUCCGCCCAGACAGCUCUUGUGCAAGCCUCCGGCAACGGAAACGUGUCCUCCACCGGACAAGGAUGCAACUGCAGCAGUGCCAAACGCAACAGUUGUUGUUGCAGCAUCACCACCAGUGCCACCAACAGUUGUAGCUGUGGCACCAGCAGCUGCUGUGGCACCAGCUCCAGCUCCAGCUCCACCUCGACGCACUGGCUUCAGCAUCGAAGACAUAAUGCGUCGCUGAACCCUAUUCAUUUUUAGUACACUAAGCAAGGAUUCUUUCCAGGCGUGUGGCAUAGAUCCUAAAGAGCCUCUGCCCCCUGAUCUGUGGCAGUUUGAAUGCUACUUAGCCAUAAGUGCACUUUUAGUACAUUUUAGUACAAUGUCUUUCGGCAAGGCAAUAAGCAAAUUACUUUAAAUACUGUUUAAGCUAAGUUUUAUUAUAUCGUUUAUUGGAAGAAGUGCCACAAACUGUUGUUGCAUUUGACAUCAUGCUUUUAGUACAUUUAGUACCAUAUUGCAGCAUUGCAUUGUGCUUUUAGCACAUUGGCAGUAAGCCUAUUUUUAGUAGUUAUAUACAUAUAUAUAUAUAUACAUAUAUAUAGAUUGCGAGAGUCUAUCCAUUUAGUUUAGGCCAACACUAAGUGUUGUUUGUUUCUGUAGCUGUCUAGUGAGUAAUUAAACAAAAUCAAUACUAAAUACGUGUAUACAAGUCUAAUUUAUGUUUUAAUGUUUAAGACAAUCUUGACGGCAAUCAUGUGGAUCAAGAAACACGCUGGGGGAUAUAAAGGUUGAAAGUAAAAGUAGUUUAGAAAAAAACAAAAACAAAAAAAUAUAUCGAGAAGCGAGAAACGAGAACUCGGCCGUACAUUCCAGUUAAAUUUUUAUAGUUUUAAUUUAUAGCAAUCUUAAGUAUAUUUUUAGAGUUUAAGUGCAGCCUUCUAGCAUUCCAUGGUCUUCCUUGAAUUUUAAAUGACUUGAAAACAAAAACAAAAAAAAAAAACAAAAAA